AUGAGAGCCAUUCCUUCGAACUCUUGGUCGUUAUCAAACGAUCAAUGGUGCCUUAAACUCGGGUUGAUCCCAAACUCUUCGCACUUCGCAUGCUCUUCCUCAUCGGGACUCAUCAAUAUCUAUGACAUGUCUUCCAGCCAGCCUAUUACGUCGAUAAAAGCCCAUGAAUCGAGUAUAAACUCCAUGAAAGUGAUCGACGAAAACACUGUAGGCUCCUGCUCUACAGAUGGGAUCAAAGUCUGGGACUUAAGAAGCUCCAGCACCGGCUCACCUGCCGUCAGCUUCACUAAUGGCAGAUCUUCAAAUUUCUUGAGUUUGAACUUCUCUAAACUAAACCCUGCAAUCGUCGCCGGAGGUACAGAAUUGAUGGGUGUCGAUGCACAAGUCCACAUGUGGGACCUUAGAAACCCAAAGGAUGUUGUGAGAUCGUUCUUAGACUCUCACCACGAUGACGUGACCGACAUCAAGUUCCACCCCACCUUGCCAAACUAUCUUAUGUCUGGAUCCACGGACGGAUACGUGAACAUAUACGACUUGUCACAGCAAGAAGAGGAAGAUGCCUUACAUCAAGUGAUAAACUAUGCUUCAGUGCAUUCCUGUCAUUUCACUCAAGAGAAGAGAAUCUCAGUACUCUCGCAUAUGGAGACUCUAGCCUUCUUCGAGCUCAACAAUACUAAUUACGAAAGCAUAGAAGAGCCAGCUCCAAACGACUUAGGAGAUAUCAGAGCCAUCUGGCCUGAUUGUGAAUACGUUAUAGACUUAUAUCCUGGAUUUGUAGCCUAUGGAGCCAACUCCAAAGAAAAGAUUUUAUUGUAUCCGUUUGAUAGCGCUGCUGAGAAGGUGGACUUGACCAAACCAGUAUGGUUCCCCAAGGCUCAUGGUGAGGAAAUUGUUCGUGAUGUAAUGACCAUCCCAGGAACGAACACCAUCCUAACUUGCGGAGAAGAUGGGUUUAUCAGAUCGUGGGAAUUACCUUACAACUUGAACUCUCCUGCUUCAUUCUAUGAUGGAAGUGCUAAAGAAGAGAUGGAGGAUGUGAUUGAAGAGAUUGAAGGAGAAAAGAAAGUGAAAAAGGACAAGAAGGAUAAGAAAGAUAAGAAGGAAAAGAAGGAGAAGAAAGAGAAGAAGGAUAAAAAGGACAAGAAAGAUAAGAAGAGCAAAAAAGAGAAGAAGGAAAAUAAGGAGAAAAAGUCAAAGAGUGACGUUAGAUUCAAGCCAUAUUAG